AUGCCUUGCUUAGCGAAUGCGCCUGCAACAAUUUCACCAUCUGAUAAUAAGGACCCAGGAAGAGCAAUACGAAGGAAACGAAGGAAAGGCCACGGCUUCCGCUACGAAGAGCGAGUCAUCGCGCUGGUCUUCCUCCGCUGCCUCACAAAUCAGCUCCCUAACUUCGAGCUGACGUCCGACAACCGCAGUGUUUGGGACAUAUUUGAUGAUAUCGUUGUUACGUGGAACAGUCUUGAUGACAAGUACAUCUUGCUGGUGCAGCUGAAACACAAGGUAUCUAAGAAGUACAAAGUGCUCAGGGAAGCCCAUCUGUUUCCAAAGAAGAAAAAUAAAUCGAAUGAUAAAUCAGUUGUUAAUGCUGAUGAGUGUACUGAUGACUUCCCGAUCACACUGCCAAAAACUACGGCGGUUACUAUGUCAACGGCUAAGCCGACGGCAAUGCUGUCUAUACCAAUGACUGUGUCGAAAAAAAAUUAUGUCUUGGACUGUGUUACUGACUGUGAUGAUUAUGCUGGUGAUUGUGAUAACAAUGACUACGCCGAUGAUUGUGAUGAUUAUCCUGACGACUGUGAUGACAACCAUCUCAAUGACUUUGUCGAUGGCUUUGAUGACUAUGCUGAUGACUAUGUCAAUGACUGUGUCGAUGAUUGUGAUGAUUUCGCUGACGACUGUGAUGACAACUAUGUCAAUGACUAUGUAGAUGAUUGUGAUGAUUAUCCUGAUGACUAUGUCAAUGACUGUGUCGAUGAUUGUGAUGAUUUCGCUGACGACUGUGAUGACAACUAUGUCAAUGACUAUGUAGAUGAUUGUGAUGAUUAUCAUGAUGACUGUGUCAAUGACUGUGUCGAUGAUUGUGAUGAUUUCGCUGACGACUGUGAUGACAACUAUGUUAAUGACUAUGUAGAUGAUUCUGAUGAUUAUCCUGAUGACUGUGUCAAUGACUGUGUCGAUGAUUGUGAUGAUUUCGCUGACGACUGUGAUGACAACUAUGUCAAUGACUAUGUAGAUGAUUGUGAUGAUUAUCCUGAUGACUAUGUCAAUGACUGUGUCGAUGAUUGUGAUGAUUUCGCUGACAACUGUGAUGACAACUAUGUCAAUGACUAUGUAGAUGAUUCUGAUGAUUAUCCUGAUGACUAUGUCAAUGACUGUAUCAAUGAUUGUGAUGAUUUCGCUGACGACUGUGAUGACAACAAUGACUAUGUAGAUGAUUGUGAUGAUUAUCCUGAUGACUAUGUCAAUGACUGUGUCGAUGAUUGUGAUGAUUUCGCUGACGACUGUGAUGACAACUAUGUCAAUGACUAUGUAGAUGAUUGUGAUGAUUAUCCUGAUGACUAUGUCAAUGACUGUGUCGAUGAUUGUGAUGAUUUCGCUGACGACUGUGAUGACAACUAUGUCAAUGACUAUGUAGAUGAUUGUGAUGAUUAUCCUGAUGACUAUGUCAAUGACUGUGUCGAUGAUUGUGAUGAUUUCGCUGACGACUGUGAUGACAACUAUGUCAAUGACUAUGUAGAUGAUUGUGAUGAUUAUCCUGAUGACUAUGUCAAUGACUGUGUCGAUGAUUGUGAUGAUUUCGCUGACGACUGUGAUGACAACUAUGUCAAUGACUAUGUAGAUGAUUGUGAUGAUUAUCCUGAUGACUAUGUCAAUGACUGUGUCGAUGAUUGUGAUGAUUUCGCUGACGACUGUGAUGACAACUAUGUCAAUGACUUUGUCGAUGACUUUGAUGAUUAUGCUAACGACUUUGACGACAAUGACGAUUACAUUGUUGGCACCUCUGUCAACUACCAUAUGUUGGACUACCUCACCAACUAUUUCAAGAAGAAUGUCAAUGACGAUUCCGAUGACAAUUGCAGUGACAAUUCGAAUGAUAUAUCCUAUAAGAAACACCCGUUCGCCAUCAUCAAUUAUUCGAAGUCUUUCAAAAAGUUUAAAAAUAAACUACAGGAUUACAGCUGCUACUCAAUGGUGCUGUUAACUAACGUCCCUUUGAAGGGAAGUGCAGGUCCUUUCUCAAGGAUGAUAGUCGCAAACAAGGUUGCUGCGCCAUGUUCAAACAUUGUUGAGACAAACAAGCUGCUAGACUUGGGCGGCGACAUGUACAAACUCAAAGUCGAUGCGACUGUUUCGAAGGCAAUUAAAGACGACCGCGACUUUGUGGGGCAUUUCUUCUUUCAUUGUGGCCAAAAGCACGUUGAGCAAAUAAAGGAAGACAUCUGCAAGGAGCUGCAGCACCUGUUGGGCUGUCCUGGACUUGAAGAAACAAAUAGGGCAUGCGAAGAACUGUGCCAUUGUGUGGAGAAAUGGAAAGAUGGGCAAUGUAAAAACCCGGAAAAGCUAACCAGUAGCUGGUCUGAGUGGAAAGACAUUGAAAGUAGGUACAGUGUGUCGGGUGGCACCGGGAAGCACAGUGUAAUCAAUGACACCGCGAAAACCUGA